AUGCGUGUGUGUGUUUACCCCCUCCGAGCUUCAACUGUGUCCGGGCUCCUCCAACCAACCACUAUUCUGACAUUUAACUCCGGAAACACAAAUGUAAGCAGCGCUGCGUUACAUCCUAAAGUGAGACGGAACGGCGAGGCGCUUGAUCAGCUGUCGGACAGCGGUUGGAACUGGCCACGAUGUCAAGGGUGGUGAAGAAAAGGCAAGCGGACCCCAAAGUGGUUCAGUAUGUUUGGUCGGCAAUCGAAGUCAUUCGUAAUCAGAAACAAAUCGCCAACAUGGACAGAAUCUCAAAGUAUUUAAGUCGUGUGUAUGGCAUGCACCCUAAAGACACGGCCAGGCAGCUGGUUUUGGCUGUGAAAGAUGGUUUGGUGGUGGAAACACUCACAGUGGGCUGCAAAGGCUCAAAGGCCGGGAUUGAACAGGAGGGCUACUGGCUCCCAGGAGAUGAGAUGGAGCAGAUGUCAGAGGGAAGCAAGCCAUCUCUGCCUUCUGAAGCUCUUUUUCCAGAUGAAUGGGAGGCAGAAAGUCACGAUUGGUACUGCUUUGAGUGUCACCUUCCUGGAGACGUGAUGGAGUGUGACGGCUGUUUCCGUGUUUACCACCUACGGUGUGUGUCAGAAGACCACCGGCCACGGGACACGACCUCCCACUGGCAGUGUGGGAUCUGCAGGGGCAGUAAAAGGAAGAAUUUGAACAAACAGGAAAUGACAACAUACCUGAAGUUCAUUCUUGGACGCAUGAAGGAAAGGGCUGUGGACCUGCACAAGAGAGGCAAAGAGUCAAAGCAGCCCAUAUACAAAAGACUGAUCCACACACCUCUGGAUGUGGAAAACAUACAAGAGAACAUCUCAGAUGGGAAGUACAAGAGCUUUGAGGAGUUCAGGGCUGAUGCUCAACUUAUAGUUCACAACACCGCCAUUCUACACGGAGUCAACAGCGAUCAGACUGAAAUUGCAAGACUUCUCUAUAACGACACAUGCCAUGAGCUGAAUGAGUUAAUGCUGUGCAGAACCUGCUUUUAUCUCUCAAAUGCGCGACCUGACAAUUGGUUCUGCUACCCAUGUUCUCCGAAUCAUGAACUGGUGUGGGCCAGGAUGAAGGGCUUUGGUUAUUGGCCUGCCAAGGUGAUGCAGAGGGAGGGCAACCAGGUGGAUGUCCGGUUUUUUGGUCACCAGCACCAAAGGGCAUGGAUUCCUUCUGACAACAUCCAGGAGAUCACGGUCAGUGUGCAGCAGCUGCAGGUGAAGCGUAGCUCGGGCUGGAAAAAGGCCUGUGAUGAGCUAGAACUCCACCAGCGCUUCGUGAGGGAGGGCAGGAGCUGGAAAGGCAAACCGGAAGAGAAGCACGACAGGUCGGAGAGGCACGAAAGGCAGGAAGAACGACAGGAAGAAGCCGAAUCAAGCAUCUCGUCCACAUCCAAUGAGCAGUCAAGAGUCAACCAAGAGCCGAAGGCUAAAAAGAGCCGUCGUUCCCAAGUCGCCGAGCCCAAAGAAGAGCAGCCUGAGCCCGAGAUGGAAGCAGUCAGUUCUAGUCAAGAGAUUCCAACAGCUGUUCCACAUCAGCCGGAGCGUAUGUCCGUCUCCACACAGACCAAAAAGUCUAGCUCCCCUUCGUCCUCUUCCUCUCCGGCCCCUCGCAUGACACACAAAGGCACACAGACAGUCAAUGAAGGCAACUGCCAAAACAUGUGCCACGACAAAUACUCCAAGAUCUUCAGCGACGUUAAAGAAAUGAUGAAGGCGGAGAACAAACGGGAGACCGAACGAGUCCUGAAAGAGGCUCUGGACAAGCUGCGAGGGGAGAUGGAGGAAGAGAAAAGGCAGGCGGUGAACAAAGCGGUGUCCAGCACGCAGGCCGAGAUGGACAGAAAGUGCAAACAGGUGAAGGAGAAGUGCAAAGAGGAGCUCAUGGAGGAGAUGAAGAAGAUGGUGUCUCAGCAUAAACAACUUCUUUCACAGACCAAGAAGAAGCAGUGGUGUUAUAACUGUGAAGAAGAGGCCAUGUACCACUGCUGCUGGAACACAUCAUAUUGCUCAAUCAAAUGCCAGCAGGAGCACUGGCACGCCGAUCACAAACGUACCUGCCGCCGGAAGAGAUGAGCUACAGCAGGACACGCCCCCUCCUCUUGACUCCACCCACCACGAGCCACGCUAUUGGGUAGAUUUUAACACUUCCCACCCUCCCCCUCUGCCCACGGAUUCUUGAUUUGUAGCCAGCAUUUUAAACCCAGCUCCAUAGAACACUUUUAUCGGGGACGUUUUGCUGAGUUGCGAUGAAUGCUAACAGGGCAAGCCGGUGCGGGAUUGCACAAUCUUUGCGGAGGUUGAUUUUAACGGUAUCCUUUUUCUUUUCGCAUAUCCCUUUUUCUGUUUUACACUUUUAUUUGCUGUACGACAGAAAUCAGCCUUGCUCGCUUACAAGACAGACUAGCUGAAAUGUGAAGUACUAGUUAUCUUUUUCAACACAACUUAAUCUGAAGCUAUGUAGAUAUUUGACUUUUUUAUACGAGCGAAUAAUGUCAGCCUCUUGCAUUGAGAUGGUGAAGUUGGUGCUUUUAAACUCAACGGUUGGUUUUUAAUCAGUAGUUGUGAUGUCUUUUUUUUUUUCUUUGGGGAACAGGGUUUGAAGAUGGCAAGUUAUGUCUGUCUGAAUUAUACAAUCUUCCAUUAAUGAUUAUGCACAUUUCAUGGAUACACCUUUUAAUAGGCCUUUUCAUCAGUAACGUAAAACUAAGUGAUGUGCUAAAUUUGGCUUCCAUUUCUGUAGAUUGCGUACUAAAUCUUAAGCGUGAAGCGUGGAGAAAUAUCACCAGUCCUUUAAGGCAGAAUGAAGGAAACCUGAUGAUUUUAUAUUGCAACGUUAAAAUCAGACUUAAGAUUGUACAGAGAUCAGUGUAAAGUAAACAAUCAGAAAUUAUCUCUAUAGUGGUUUUAUCACCGAGGAUGACUUUUUGUGGCACUUUUUGAACUUAAAAAUGAUUUAAAAUUCUCCUCAAGCCGCUCCAAACCUGAUAGAAAGUGCUGCUCGAUGAAAAUUUCUGCACUUAGACACAUUUUUAUGGAAAUAGAGCAGCUUGAACGCACUACUAAGAUUCUCCUUUUGUGUUUUUCAUCAAAAAAGCAGGUUUGGAAUGACGAUGAGGAGUAAAUGGUGGAAUCUGAAUUUUGAGGUGGAUUAUUAUACCUUUAAAUAAUGCAAUAAGAAAUUCUAAGUACAAAUGAGGUAAGAUCUAUCUUAAGAGAGUUUUGUCUAAGCUGAAGGAUUUAGGGGAAUUUGAGGUUUUCGCACAGAACCAUACUUUGCGCGCGCACCUGUGUUCUGUUUCUCUUAAGUUCUGGAUGCGUCUCAAAUCAAGUCUGAUACAUCCAAGUUUCUGUUUCUCUCUCGCUCCCUUCCCAACCUCACCGUUGCACUACAUGUAAAUAACUGUUUGCCGCUAACAGUGACUGAUGACGUUUGCACGUUAGCAUAUGUACAUUUCAUGAACGCAUCGACUGUGUAUUUGAUAAAGUCAGUCUGUAAAAGAAAAAAAAACAACAACAAUAUUUGUGAUUUUAACGGUAAUCUGUUCCAUUCCAGUGUGCAUGAAAUCAGGUUGUGUGUACCUAAUUUUAAUCUUGCGUGUCAUCGGUGAUGCAGUAUGUUUACUUUUUGGUUUUCUAGGGUAAUCUGACACCACUUUGUAAUGCCAAGUAACCCUUUUUCAAAUGCAAAUUUCAUUUUUAACUUAUAUUUAUGCGGACAGAAUAAUGACUACUGAGAAUUUCUGACACCCAGAGAGAAGUGUGCUAUACGAACAUCUGUCUUACAUGUGCAUACGAGUUAAAAUGUGGUGUAAACGUUUCCCUUUUCUUGCAUUACAUUAUGUAACAGUACUAUGUAUAAAUAAAACAUAUCAGCCGGUAA